CGCACUUUUGUAACCACUAUUGAGAUGUGUCCAUUGCGCUAUGAAUAGACGUUGCGAGAUUUGGGACUUUCGUUGAGGAGGGUUCUCAACACCGGACUUUCUUUUUUCGAAAGUACCCAUCAGCGUUUUGGUUCUGCCUGGGCGUGGCUAUUAUUUCCUUUCUUCUCUUCGCUAGCCUACCUAUAAAUUUGACCUUCUUUCCUAGUGGAAUUGGUUCUUUCUGCAAGUUUUCAUUAGCGUUGCGUUGUUGGCAUGCCUCAUUUACUCCACCACAGAAGACGCCAUUCCUGGCCCUACUGCGGACCAGGACCCCGUCGUAACGCCCCUCUUGUGCGAGUUGCAGAACAGAAGACUCAACUCGAACAACAGUUUCUCACUCCGCUUAUCUCCGGUGACUAUCUUGAAGAUGAUGCUGCGUCCGCUGGGAUCGUUCCUCCCAAGACCACCCGCCCCCAUUAUCGUAUCUGGCCCCAUUCGAAGACCACAGUCGAACACUCCAACCCUACCACCGGGUACAGCUAUGGCUCUGGAUCAUUGCGCCGCAUGAUCCGGCCGCCGUUGGAUAAGGCUCGGUCACUUUUCGUCCUGCCCACCACGACCACUGCCGGCCAGAACGUGGUGGUUUCAUACUGGGUGCCGCAGCAACACUCUGUGCAGAAGGCUGCCCCUGAUAGAGGCCGGGAACUUUCUAGCCUGCCUAAACAUUUGGCGGUUCAUAGAAACCAUCGCCGGUGUCACUCAGAGCAGCCGCGGUCUUGGAGGCGGCCGAGUGCGAGUUUGUGGACGCUUACGGAGGAGUGAUUUCCAUUUUUUUUUUUUUUCUUCAUGAUCUUUUGUGUUUGUGAGCUCCUGUUCUGUAGUUUGCUUUUGUAACCAUCAUUAUCAUGCUUGUGGUUGGUAGUCUGAUUUCCGUGUUUACUGAUUCUCGCGGGUUGAAAGGGGAGGGAGUCAUCUGCAUUGCAUUAGAGGCAGCAUAAUGGGGAGGCGUUCGAACUGCUUUUGAGUCAGAUAAUGGAUGAGAUGAAAAGAUAGAAAGGAAAAAAAAUGAGACGAAU